GCGCGCUAUCUCCAUUUCCUCCUUUAGCAGAGGCCAAACAGCAGACAGACCGCGCUUUAUCUGGCAACAGAGAUAUGGCUCGCACAGUGCAGAAAAGACCUGUUGAGUUUGAUGUCGAGUACGGAGGAACUGCGACUGAGCAGGGUUCCAGUCCGAAUAUGAAGCGACCUAAGAAGUCUUAUGAGUUUUCUGAUGACGACGACGAUGAAGUAGAGGCUGUGAUUGUUUCUGAGGAUGGGGGCGAGGACAGCGGAGAAUAUGACUCUGAUGAAGAUUCCGAAGACGAGGCGUUUCGUCAGAUUAACUCGCAAGCUACGCUCACUCCAAAGAAACGGUCAGCCGAGUACGGCAUUAUCAUGUCAGUGGAGCUCAAGAACUUUAUGUGCCACGACCACUUGAAACUCCAGUUUGGAUCUAACAUCAACUUUGUUAUCGGCCACAAUGGUAGCGGCAAAAGUGCUAUUCUCACCGCGAUCACUGUCUGCCUUGGUGGAAAAGCUUCGGUGACGCAGCGUGCAAACAGCAUCAAGGGCCUAGUGAAAUACGGAAUGGCACGAGCAUCAGUCACCUGCGAGCUGCUAAAUAGCCCGAAUGGCUUCAAAUAUGAUGUGUAUGGUGACAAGAUUAGCGUGGAACGAACGUUUGACACGAAGGGUACAAGCCAGUAUCUGAUCAGAAACCACGCGGGCAAAGUUGUUUCCCGCUCUCGAGAUGAACUAGUUGAGAUGAUGGACACCUUUUUGCUCGUCGUCGACAACCCGAUGACGCUGCUCUCGCAAGAUACCGCGCGUUCGUUUCUCACCAGCGCGAGUCCGGAGGAGAAGUACCAGCUUUUCAUGAAGGGUAUCAGACUUGACGAAGUGAAACUCGACUACGACAACACGCUAGUUAUCCUGGACAAUACCGAGCGGAGCUUAAGAGGUAAAAGGAAGGACUUGAUGGAGCUCGCCAAGCAAGUCCACGAGUUCCGUGAGCUGUAUGAACGCUCACAAUCAGCGCGCGCUCUUACCGAGAAGAUCUUUCGCUUACACUCGCAAUUCGCCUGGACUCUGGUGCAAGAACAGGAGACUGCUGUGGAAGAGCUGGACGAGGAAAUCAAGAUCAACAAGGCGGAAUACGCAAUGGCGGCUGCUGAGGUUAAUGCGAAGAGACAGGAAAAGGAGGAAGCUGCUCGGCAACAUCAGGCAAUUCUGCGCGAAAAGGCUGUUUUGCAAGUCAAGAAGGACGAAGCAACUCAGAAUAUUGUCGAGAAGCGAAAUGACAUGAAGUUGAUCAAAGAUGAGCUACAAAGAGUCAUCGGCGACGAGCGCAAUAACGCCAAUGAGAACGAUUUGAUCCAGCGACGUCUCAACCUAGCGCAAGAGAAAAUAGACAAGGAGAUACAACUCCAGAGCGAGCGAGAUGGUGGUACUCUAGCUAGAAUCAACGCGGAGCACAAUGAGCUUGAAGAUCAGCUUCAGCAGCUAGAGAUGAACAGGAAAACCACCAGCGACGAUAUCGCGCGAUUGGAAGUGUCUCUGAAAGAAGCGGGUGAUAGAAAAGCAAAGGCCGCUGCGCAAGUUGUCUCUCACGAAGGAGCUGUGACGGUGCAGGAGAAGCAGAUUGAAAGUGUCAAAAGCAAAAUGGUAGGCACUCUGUCGGCGUUCCCUCCAGCGACGGUGCAAGUUCAGAGGGAUAUUGCGAACGAACAUAGGUUCCGCGUGAAGCCUGUUGGCCCGUUGGGAAUGCAUGUGAAGUUGAAAGAUCCAAGCUGGAGCGGUAUACUCGAGUCGUUCUUUGGUCGCAGUCUGGAUGCCUAUGCAGUGUCUUGCAAUGAGGACGAAGGGCUACUAAAGUCUAUACUUUCCAAGCACGGGAUAAACACGACUAUCUUCAAUCGCAAAAAUACUCCAAUCGACUAUUCGAACAGUGUUCCAUCGAGAGAUUUCACUACUAUCCUUGAUGUUUUGGAGAUUGACAACGAUUAUGUCAAGACCAUCCUGAUUGAUCAGCACAGGAUCGAGAAGAUGAUUUUGAUUCCCUCUCGUGCACAGGGAGACUCUGUGAUGGCGCAGCGACCUCGCAAUGUGCUGUCCUGUCUUACACACAAUGCUAAAGGCUUUGGUGGUUUCCGCCUCAACUCACUUGACGGCUCGUCUUCUACUAGUCCAAUUCCGGGAAGGAAAGGUAACCCGAGAAUGAAGACGGAUGAAGCAAGUCUGCUCAGAUCCUACGAGCAGCAGAGAGAUCGUGCUUUAGCCGAACUCGAACGGUCUAGGAUGGCGUCGGCUCAAGCACAUCGCGCAUAUGACGACGUCAAUCGUCAGCUUCAAUCUGCAAAGACAAAACUGGCGAAUUUGAUACGAGAUCGGAAAACAUGUGCAGACAGGCUCGAUGAAAUCAAGAGAGACUUGUCUGACUCUCAUGGUUCUGGAAAACUUGAAUCGCUGCAAGAGCAGCUCGAGACUAUCAAAAACGAGCUUGAGCAAUCUGUGAGGAAUUAUGAGAAUAUCAUCAUAGAGAAGCAUACUCAGGAGGAAUCACUGAAAGCUGCCACUCAAGCGAUUGAGGAGGCGAAAUUAGAGAGUGAGAAGGCGAAUGAGGAGCUUGAAGUUUUGAAGCGAAGGGAAAACGAGGCACUUGAACGAGAACUCAGCGCUAAGGCGGCUCUUGAACAUCGGGAAAGUCAGAUGGCUGGUCGGCUUGCGGCGAAAACUAGUUUGGAUAGUGCCUAUUCCGAAGCCGAGGUAAAUCUGCAGCUGUAUAGAACCGAGGCCGCAAAUCUCGAACCUACUCCCCCGGAACUGUGCGGCAAGACUUCUAGUGAGAUUAUGGUUCUGAUCAGCAAGACUGAGGAGGAGCAGAAGAGAGCACGGUCGGAAUUACCCAUGAGACCUGAGGAAAUCGAAAGGCAGUACAAUACUUUGAACAAGCAGUAUCAUGGGAUCAAGAAGGAACUAGAGGAUCUGUGCGAUCUCAGAAUUGGUGUCGGGCAGUCGUAUGCUGAACGUGUCGAUAACUACCUCAAAUUCCGGAACCAGAUUUGCCAGCGCGCGAAAGACAUCUUCAGCAUGUCUCUUUCGAAUCGUGGCUUCCAGGGUCGGUUGUUCAUCAACCAUGCACAUGGAACUCUCCACAUCCAGGUGCAGCCGGUCGAUACAGGAUCCAAGGGAGAGCGAAAUGUGAAGACCUUGUCUGGCGGCGAGAAAUCGUUCACUCAGAUCUGUCUGUUACUAUCGCUAUGGGAUGCAAUGAACUGUCCUGUUCGUGGUCUCGACGAAUUUGAUGUCUAUAUGGACGCAAUCAAUCGUGCGACUAGUCUGAAGCUGAUGAUUGACGCGGCAUCCAAGGCGGACGAUGUCCAGACGAUCUUUAUCACGCCUCAGGAUAUGGGCACUGUCAAGCUGAACGACAGCGUGAAGAUUAUCCGCAUGGCUGAUCCCGAGCGCGCAGCGGCGGCGUAUGAUGGCGACUGGAAGAGUCAGAUUAACAGACCCACCCGUGAUGGCCGACCACAGACCGAGGAUGUCACAGACACCAAGGGCAGUGAAUUUGAAGACUUUUACCUCAAGCGCGAACUCCUGAUGGGAAUCUUCGAGGCCGGUUUCGAGAAGCCGUCGCCGAUUCAGGAGGAGUCUAUCCCCGUCGCCCUCGCUGGCCGCGACAUUCUUGCCCGUGCCAAAAACGGCACCGGCAAGACCGCUGCCUUUGUCAUUCCUGCUCUCGAAAAAGUUAACCCCAAGAGCUCCAAGAUCCAGGCCUUGAUUCUCGUGCCUACUCGUGAGCUUGCGCUACAGACCUCCCAAGUUUGCAAGACCCUUGGCAAGCACCUCAACAUCAACGUCAUGGUCACCACCGGUGGCACCACCUUGAAGGACGAUAUCGUCCGUCUUCAUGACAACGUCCACGUUAUGGUCGGAACUCCUGGCCGUAUCCUCGAUCUUGCUGGCAAGGGCGUUGCCGACUUCAGCGAGUGCCCUAUGUUUAUCAUGGAUGAGGCUGAUAAACUUCUCUCUCCCGAAUUCACUCCCAUCAUCGAGCAACUUCUUUCAUACUUUCCCAAGAGCCGUCAGAUCCUCCUGUACUCUGCUACUUUCCCUCUCGUUGUGAAAAGCUUCAUGGACAAACACCUCAACAAGCCCUUUGAAAUCAAUCUUAUGGAUGAGCUUACUCUUCGCGGUAUCACUCAGUACUAUGCUUUCGUGGAAGAGAAGCAGAAAGUUCACUGCUUGAACACCCUUUUCUCAAAGCUCCAAAUCAACCAAUCGAUCAUCUUUUGCAACUCUACUAGCCGAGUUGAGCUCUUAGCAAAGAAGAUUACUGAGCUUGGAUACUCUUGCUUCUACAGUCACGCGAGAAUGCUUCAGGCGCAUCGUAACCGCGUUUUCCACGAUUUCCGCAAUGGAGUGUGCCGCAACUUGGUGUGCUCGGAUUUGCUUACUCGUGGUAUCGAUAUCCAGGCCGUGAACGUGGUCAUCAACUUUGACUUCCCCAAGAAUGCCGAGACCUAUUUGCAUCGUAUCGGUCGUUCUGGCCGAUUCGGUCACUUGGGUCUUGCAAUCAACUUGAUCAGCUGGGAGGACCGAUUCAACCUCUACAAGAUUGAACAGGAGCUUGGCACCGAGAUUGCGCCUAUCCCGCCCACUAUUGACAAGCGCUUGUACGUCUAUGACUCGCCUGAGACUAUCCCGCGCCCGCAGAUCUCGCAACAGACGCAGCAGCAGUUUUCGCAGCAGCAGCAGCAGCAGCAGCAGCAACAGCAGCAACAGCAACAGCAGCAGCAGCAGCGUCAGUAUCAACAGCGAAGAUACCCUCAGCAGCAGCAGCAGCAGCCAGGACAGCAGCGCUUUCCUCGCGUGCCGCAGCCGCAGCAGCAACAGCAGCCUGUGCCUCGCAAUUAG